AAGGCGAGAGUCCAAAAACGUCGUGCUUUGGUGUGUCAGGUUAAAAGAAUGUCAGAUCGAGUUUAUAUGUUGGAAUUUCUAAUGUUUCCAUAGAACUUCCAGUUUAAUGGCAUGCUAUAUUUUAUUAUCAAAAUAAAAAUUGCAGUUGUAGUGUGGAUUCAAGACUUAACAACAUAUUUUACAAAUUGACAGUGUAAUAUGUAAUACUUUGACUCGUUCUUUUAAAUGUCUACCACAGACGACACAUCGUGGUAUCGACAAGAUCGUAGAGGUAAGGACUUACUUAUCUUGGCGUGAGUCACAUAAAAUUGGCAACUGAUGACAACUUAACAACUGUCCGUUUUGUACCGCAUUCCCUUUCUCCCCCUCUCAUGCAAGUCGAGAUCUUUCCUGCCACAAACUAGAUAUUACCGCAAUGUUAUAGUGGCAUGCGUUAUAGGAAAUAAACAUCUUUGUACUGAGUGCAACCGUAAGUUUUGCAGGGGUGACAUAAGCGUGUAUGCAGAUUUAAUUCAAUAUUGGGAUUAGUGCGUCAUUGUUACGUGUUUGUCGUUACCAGGCUGACAGAAGGCCGUUGGUUAGAGACGUUCUGUGCUACACUUGAGUCUGAGAUGAGAGUCAUUCAUCCACUUCUUCCCUCCCUCGACGAUGGUCAGUCAACCCCAUACUGUUUCUUGUGAUUCCAACUAAAGCCUGUUGCAUAUGCCAUGAAGACUUUUGUGUUACCACGACAACCACAACAGAAGUUUAUGGAUGUUCAUGAAGUUGUUUUCUCUGCCAUUUGUCAGAGGUAGCUAAAACGCAGAAACUGUAACAUGGCCCAGGUUGCUCAAAAAACAGAAAGCAAUGGCUCUUCAAUUGGAAAUGGUCUUACUUCUGAAGUUUUACGAGCUCGUACAAUGCAGUACUAUAACAAUUGUGUACCACAGUCUCAUCGUCGUGGUUUACAAGAAGGGGCUCUGUACAAAAGUGGAAGUAUGACACGCUUAAAUGGUUUAGUGAAUGGAGUGAAUAUGCCACCUUCUUUUGGAUCAUCAGAUGUUGGACUCCCUUCAAGUGAAUGUCCUGUUGUGCAAAGCAUUGAGCGACCUCUUCCCCCUCCUUAUCCACGUAGUGACCGUCCACAUAGAACUCACAGCGAGCGUACAAAUCGAGCACCAGGAGAACAUGCUGCUGUUUCAGGAGUUAUGAACAAUAUGAACUCUCAGAGCCGUGUUGGGUUACAUCGUAGUAAUAGUAGUUUAGACCUAGAACACAGUGAAGAAAAUGCAGACAGUAGAACUGGUGUUCUCCAUCGAGAUUAUGGGAGUGCAUCCUCUCUUGAUGUGAUAAGUACAACUGGAGAGACUCAGAGUUUCUUUGCCAUGCUCAGGGAGUAUAAGACUGAUCAAAUUGAUCAGCGAAGUCCAGGACCUGCCAAGAUUCACGAGUACUUGAGGGGCAAAGUUGACCCUGCCCCAACUACACAAAAUGCAUCUAAUGCUUUAGCUAAUGGACCAGAUAGCUUAGAGGAUUCUCAGAGUCCAAGAUUAAAAACUAAAAUACACAAAUUUUGGGAGAUCAAAGACAAAAAAACAAGAAAUAAAUUGCUUGGUAGUGAACCUUCUCUUUUUAAAAAGUUACGAGGAAAGUCUGAAAUAGCUGCUGAAAUUAGUGGUAAAGGCUCAAAUAACUCUCUAGAUGCAGAAAGUAGGUUCGAGGAUAAAUUAAGGAAAAAAGUUUUGGCUCAUUAUGACUGCCAGAGCAUUACUGCUAAUUUAAGUUAUGCAUCAUGUUUGAGAAAUCUGCUAAAUAAAAGAAGGAACACAACUACAGGUGCUUCAGCAGCUUCCAUGAGUAGUAGGACUCCAAACGAUGGUGCUGAAGGCAUGACUGUGGAAGAACCAGAUCCUGGUGAUGACAAAAGCAACAACCUUAUUUUAAGCUGCCCUUUUUUCCGUAAUGAACUUGGAGGAGAAGAAGAAAGAUUUGUAAGUCUUAAUAGAAUAACUUCCAAAAAACAAAAAUGGCAUGAUUUUAUAGGAAGAACAUGGCCAACAUUACAUCGACCUAGUAUGGCAUGCGGACUUUCUGUAUUAGAGAAUGCCAGUGCCCACAGAGAACAGCAAUAUUCUUGUCCUUACCAGCAAUCACAUUUACAGAUAGAAGGUACAGAUCUAGGAGCAAUGUAUUACAGAAGUUACUUCUAUAAUCAAGAUCAUCAGAAUUGGUUUGGUGUUGAUGAAACCUUAGGUCCAAUUGCUAUUAGUAUCAAGAGAGAAAGAGUUGAAGACCCAGGCAACUCGUCACCUUCUGGAAGUUACUCUAUUACUCAAGCACUUUUUCAGUACCGGUUGAUUGUGAGGACCAGUGAAUUGGUGGUAUUACGCGGAAGUGUAUUAGAAGAAGCCAUUCCUUCACUUGGGCGAUCCAGCUCGGGCAGAGGUUCUUUUGCUCGAGAAGUAUUAGAAUAUGUAGCUCCUGAAUUGCAAAUAUCAUGUUUAAGGCUUGCUGUGCCAGGGCAUCAGACUGAAGAACAACUUUUAAAAUUGGAUGAACAAGGGGUAACCAAAACAUAUAAAGUUGGAGUGAUGUAUUGCAAAGCUGGACAGUCUACAGAAGGAGAGAUGUAUAAUAAUGAACUUUCUGGACCAGCUUUUGAAGAAUUCUUGGAAAUGAUUGGUCAGCGUGUUAGAUUAAAAGGCUUUGAGAAGUAUCGAGCUGGACUUGAUAACAAAACAGACACAACAGGACUCUACUCUGUAUACUCCACACUAAAAGACUGUGAAAUAAUGUUUCAUGUCUCGACAAUGUUACCUUAUACCCCUAAUAAUAGGCAGCAGCUGCUAAGGAAAAGACACAUUGGCAAUGAUAUUGUGACUAUUGUUUUCCAAGAACCUGAUGCAUUACCUUUUACACCAAAGAACAUUCGUUCCCACUUUCAACAUGUCUUCAUUGUGGUCCGUGCAAUCAAUCCUUGUACUGAAAACACAUGUUACAGUGUGGCUGUCAGUCGAUCCAAAGAUGUUCCUGUUUUUGGACCACCCAUUCCAGAAAGUGGAACAUACCCCAAAUCCAAAGCAUUUGCUGACUUCUUACUUACAAAAGUGAUAAAUGCUGAAAAUGCUGCUCACCAGUCUGAGAAGUUUGCAAUGAUGGCACAGCGAACAAGACAUGAAUACUUGAAAGAUCUAGCAGCAAAUCAUGUCACAAACACAACUAUAGAUUCAGGCCCAAAAUUUUCUAUUUUGUCAUUUGGUGGAAAAAAGAAGGAGCGUAGUCGAUUAAGGUUCAUUCCUGACAGUUAUGUACAAGGAGCAAUCUCUUGGCAUGUUCAGGUUGAAGACCAUGGUCAAUCUCGUAUGAUAGAUGACUGUCUACUAGGUAUUUCUAUUGAUACAGUAGUUUUGAUUGAAGAAAAUAGCAAGGAAGUAAUAUUUACAUGUCCUUGCAGUUCUGUGAUUGGUUGGUCUUCACAUACUAGUAGUUUAAAAAUUUUCUACCAUCAAGGUGAAUGUCUAGUUUUGAAUACCAAAGAUCCUGAUGUGGAUGAAAUCCAAGAGAUUGUCAGUCGAUUAGCUUGUGUUACCCAAGGAUGUGAGACACAAGAACUGAUUCUCCGUCGAAACAGUCUUGGGCAGUUAGGAUUUCAUGUACAAUAUGAAGGAAUUGUGACAGAUGUUGAAAGCUAUGGGUUUGCCUGGCAGGCUGGGUUGAGACAAGGUAGUCGCCUUGUAGAGAUAUGUAAAGUGGCAGUGGCCACAUUAAGCUAUGAUCAGAUGGUGGAUCUCUUAAAAACAUCCAUGACAGUCUCUGUGACAGUUAUUCCUCCAUUGGCAGAUCGAACACCUCGCAGGGGUUGUGGACUACAGAACUGUAACUACCUUGUAGCCCAAACUGGUGGUGACUAUGAAAAUGUAGGUGGCUGUGAAGAAGAGAAAGCUAAAUAUUCCAAAGACAAAUCAACUCCUCACCAGCAAGCUCCAACUGCAUCAAAGAACAGAAUCACAGCAGCCAGUAAGAGCAGUGGCUCACAACGACCCACUUGUGCAUCAGGGCAAUCUUCCUCCAGUCGAUCUGUUGCUGGAACCACAAGAUACAAGAACAAUGAGGGCAAGGUUAAUCCCAAUGAAAAGAUUUCAAGAGAAACACACGUUGGGCAUUAUACUCUAGGAGUAAAUGGUUCGACAAGAGAAUCCCCUCCUCCAGUUCCUGUUCGCUUCCAGUCAGCAUCUAGUUUUGCUUUUCAUGAAGUAGCAUCUAGUCCACUUCUGUCUCUUCCCGGUCCUCCUCGCACUCCACCACGACAUCACACCAAUUCCACUUCUCAUGCCCAUCAUAGCUCUAGUCACGUAACUCAUUAUCAUCAGCCUGCUUCAGUUCAUGAUCAUGGAGACUUAGAAAGUUCUCUCGCACAUGUUGGAGAUAUGGUGGUUUCCAGAAGUGAGCUCUCUUUAGCUCAGCUUGGGAUUUCUCAGCCUCAUCUACACCACCUUCCUUUUUCUGCAGCUUCAGUCUGUUCUACAGCCUAUACUGCCCCAGUGAAACCCACUGUUGUAGAGUUAAAGGAAUCUUCGUCCAUGUCAAGGGAAUCAAGACGAGGAAAGGCUCAAAAGGCAUCUCCACAUCAAAUUGGUUCCGAUUACCAGUCAGACAGUUCAAGCGAGUGGAUCCAAGGAGCAAGUAGUGCAGAUGAAUUAGCCAGCACCAAUGUUCGGAGUACACCACCUCGAAGUCUUCCUCAUCUCAGAACAGAUUAUAGCACAGAUCCUAGUAAUAAUAGUCCACGGAGCCCUCAUCCAGUAGGAAGAGCAUUAUUAGAACCUUCUCAUGUCAAGUUGAGUCGAUUGCGACCUGGAGUCACAUCUGGUGCAAUUCGAAGUGGAAAACUGGGAGGCACAGGCAGCAGUGGAAGCAGCACUGCUAGCAACAGUACCUUACAGGAAGACCUGCUAAAACUUAUCAGUCCAGACUUCUUAGACAGUGACAGUAACAGUGAGGCUGCAUCCUCUCGUCCAGACUCUGUGCCUUCGGAGAGUGGGUCCCACACUCAGCUGUCCACACCCUACUCUUCUUUAGAAAGAAGUACUGGUGGUAGUCAGAAAAAUGGAAUUGAAAAAAUAUCCGGGACAGCACACCAUCAUGAUGACGUUAUUGUGACCAAAGCUCAGCCAGCCCAGGUGAUUUCUGUGUCGUCACAUCCAGAGGCAAAAAUGUCAAAAGAAGAAAGGCUUUCUCCAAGGGUCAUGUCAGACAGAGUUCCUGGUAAAUUGAAUCCCCUUCCAGCCUCUGGCUCUCAGCCCCUUCAGGCAAUUAUGCCCCUCCCCGAAGGUGGAGAAAUUGAUUGGCCUAGUUUGGUAGACACUGCCACCAAAGCUAUUGAAGAUGUAAGGCCACCUUUGCAAAACAAAGCAAGUUGGCUGGAAGAACUCAGUGAAAAACUUGGAAAAAGUGCAAGUGCCUUGGGAGGGUCAUACCAACUUCAAGAAUUGGAAGCUAAGAUAAAUCAGUUACAACAGGAUCUAGCCAAGGAACAAGGUCAAAAAGCCACUCUGGAGGAGCAAGUGAAGCAUCUUCAGGAAGAAAACCUAAGGUUACAAGAGGAAUCUCUGUCCACAUCGGCCCAGCUUCGAAGAUUUACUGAAUGGUUUUUUAAUAAUAUUUGAUUGAUGGUCCUUAGAGAGUAGCCCUUUCUUGUCUGUUAGAUAAAAUUCAGUAAAAUUACUACUACCUUAGUUAAGUAUGUUUCAGGAGAUGUAUUAACUACAAUUCUAUACAAAACUAAAUAUUAUUUGAAUUACUGUGCAUUCAUUUUUGUUUCCCAUAGUUUCAUUUCAUUUACCAGGUUGUUGAAAAAAAAAUUAAUUAUUAAAAGAAAAAUGUACUCAAUCUCAGUACAUAGAGCAAGUGAUAACUUAUAAGGCUUGAUAGCUACUGGUAUAUUUGUAUUAUACCAAGUUGUAGUAGUAGUUUUGAAAACUUACUUGAAACCUGUACAGCAUCGAAACACAUACAUCAUGGUUAAAUUUCACAAUGAUCUGCUACUGUCUCUUAUGUAAGCACAAAUAGGGAGAGAAAAUAAGUAUGCCUGGUUUUGACUAAGAUGUGUGUGUUAAAAAUUAAUUCCAGCCCAAUUCUUUUAAAUGUUUUAGAAUAUUAAGUUAACUGCACUUGGAUGUCUUGUGUAUAAAUAUAUACAUAUAUAUAUGUACAGAACUGCUCAAUUUUAUCAUCUCUUCACAAAGUGUCCUUUAUUGAUUUUUUUUUAUACCAAAGAAGCAUCUAAAGAGAGGCAUUUGUAGAAAUAUAUGGGAUCAUCAAAUAAAUUAACAAGGAUAAUGGCUAGCAUAGGAUAUUAUGAUUACUGUUGUAUUUUACUAUCUAAAUAGGGGGCCAGCAAUAAUUCUUAUAAAGUAUGACUUUUUUUGUAACAUGUAUUUAAAUCUUUCAAAACAGGAUGUUUAGAAAGUUUUUUUGUUAAUUUGUUAUUUUUUCAUGGAUCAGCACUUAUUGUAACUGUUCUUCCACUAGUCAGAAGAUUUUGUGAAUCUUGAAUUCUGUGUAUAUAAUUUUGUAUAUAAAAAUUCAGGCUGUAAUAAAGUACUUUUGUUUGAAAUUUUUAAUUUUGUUCUAAAAGUUUAAUAAGUAUCCUAGAUUAAAGGGAAUGAAUAGUUUCUAAUGUAAUGCACAUAAAGACAAGAAAUACAGUAAUAUAUGAGAAUAAAACAGGAAAGAAUUCGUACUGAAAUAAAAAUACAAAACAAAAAAGAAAAAAAAUGUGUACCAAAAAAUAGCUAAAUAAUAAAUAGAUGUUUUAGUUCACAAUGUUUCAUACCAGAGCACUCUUCCUUUUGUUAUUUUAAACUUUGAUGAAACAGAAGGUUUUGGUACCACAAAGUUAUCAAACAGAUCUAUAGAAGCAUACAGAUGAAUCAGUAGCAAAUCAAUAUUAUUUUAAAACCAGGAUUCUAUAAAUAUACUCUUAACCAAAAUAACCAGGGCACAGGUAUAAUGUGGAAUAUAAAAUGUGUUCUGGUUUUUGGAGGUGAAUGAAGAAGUACAACUCACGUAGCAAUGGCGAUACGCCAUCUAUCAGUCUUAACCUCUGUUCACAACAUCUCGCAUGUAAAGAUAGAAGAGUAAAGUAAGAAAAAAAAUAAGAGAGCAAGAUAUGGCUUCCCAAUCUCACAAUGUCUUAUAUCACUCUUCAUUGUCAGCAGACAGUUGUGGGAAGGUGACUGCUCUCAGAAGAAAAGAAAUGAGAAAGUAAAGGUCCUACCAUUGAGUGUGGUAAGAAAACCUCACCUCCUGAAAUUGGCAUUCCAGCCCCCAUUAUAGUAGUAAAAACUUGAAUGUGAUUUGUUGCCGACAUGUCACACAUUCCCAUUACAUUGUUUGAUCUUACAGUCUUUUUGUUUUUUAUUAGUUAAAUGUUAUUGCCUCUUACAACUAAACUAUACCCAAAUAAUAGAUACAGUUAUUUAGGUUAAAGAAAAAUGUGUCAGCUGUCAUUUGACCCAACUAGCUAAUUAUAGUUGCUAUGUUUCCGCAAAUGUAAUGGCAAAAGAUGUCUCACAUGUCCUGCUUUUAAUUCUUUUCAUCUUAUUGUACAUACAAAUUCAUUUUUUAAAAGGCCAACAUUUGCAGGCGAAUGCAAUAUGACUGCCACACAAUCCCAACAUGGCUAGUUUUGAAACCAGAGAAACUGUGAAAAAUCUAAAACUGUCUAUAUUGCUUCUUAGGACCUGCAAGAAGGUAUCUUUGUACCAAAUCCCAUGUAUCUUGGUUCACGUACACAUGAAUAGUUCACAAAAGCUCCAAAUUUUGCUUUCCUUGCUGAAAGAUAGAACAAAAAUUCCAAAAUUGUCUGUAUCUCUAUUUGGGACCUGCAAUGAGUAUCUUUGUACUAAAGCCCAGUAAAUUGGUUAAAAUAUGACUAAAUAAUUGACCAAAACCUCUAAAAUUAUGGGUCUAUUUAACCUUUUGCCCGCCCCCCCUAAAAUGGGCAUAUCCCACAUUUUUGUAUCUAUAUGUAUGGGACAUGUAAAUAGUACCUUUGUACCAAAUCCCGUGUAAAUUGGCUGAAAUACAGUUGGGUAAUUGUAAAAAAAAAAAAAUUACGUUUUUUGUCACAUCUUAACCUCCUCUAUAAUUACUAAAAAUGAGCAAGUCCACUAUUUUUGUUUGUCAAUGUGUGGGACUGUAGAGAAGUAGCUAUAUACUAAAUCCCAUGUAAAUUGGUGAAAACAUGGCCAAGUAAUUGACCAAAGCCUCCAAAAUUAUGCUUUUUUGUGAUCUAUGAUCCUCCUAAAAAGACUCAAAAUGGGCAAAUCCAACUGUUAUGCAUAUCAAUAUGUUUGGCACAUGAAAAUGUAUAUAUUUGUGCGAAUUUUCACCUUGAUUGCUGUAAAUGUGACUGUACAGAAACCUUAAAAAGGCCCGAGUCAAAAAAAUGGAAAAGGUGUCUGAGCAUAUUAGACCAAAUUUGAUCCACUGGGAAAUAUAGGAAUGGCAGUCAAUUGAAAAGUGUUUGAAACAACAGAAAAACAGUAUUGUUACGACAGCGGAAGUAACGCGACGAUGG